UAGAAGAAGUGGAGGAGAUAAGAUACCUAGGGUACAUACUACAGAAAAACGGCAGCGAUGAGAAGCACAUACAAGGCAGGAAAAGCAAAGCGAUGAUAGCAAUGAAGAAAACAUGGAGCGUGAGAGAAAGAAUAUUCAAACAGGACUACGAGAGGAGAAUGAAGAUGUUUGAAGCAUUAAUGAAGAAAACAUGGAGCGUGGGAGAAAGAAUAUUCAAACAGGACUACGAGAGGAGAAUGAAGAUGUUUGAAGCAUUAGUAGAGAGCGUGGCGCUGUUUGGAGCAGAGAUAUGGGGUUGGAACAUGGAAAAAUCGCUGGAUAGGAUAAAAAGAGGGUACGUAAAAUGGAUCUUAGGUUUAGACAGGACAACACCAAACUACAUACUGACAGAAGAGUGCAAGAUAGAGGAAAUCAAGGUAAAAGCAUUAAAAAGAGCAGCGAGGUAUGAGGAAAGAACUCUAGAAUCGAAAAAGGAGCUGGCAUAA